AUGGCGCGUGGUAAUCAACGUGACAAGGCGCGCGAAAAGAACCAAGAGAAGUUGGCGGGGCAGAAGAACAAGAAUGGUAUGACCGGUAGCGAACAGCAGCGCGAGAAGGACAAGGUGGCGGCUAUCAUGCAGGCCAAGCAAGCGGCUGCUCUUGCUAAGAAGGAAGCUGACGGCAAGAAAUGA